AGCACAAUUAACAUUGAAGGGGGAAAAAUGAGAGAGGUUUGGCAAGUUUCCCUUGCAGUCAGCUGCAUCAAACUUCUCCUUAUCCCUUCCUACCAUUCAACAGAUUUUGAAGUUCACAGAAACUGGUUAGCAAUAACAUUCAGCAGACCUCUAGAACAGUGGUACUAUGAGAAAACAUCAGAAUGGACCUUGGAUUAUCCCCCUUUCUUUGCAUGGUUUGAGUAUUUCCUUGCAAAAGUGGCUUACUAUUUUGACAAGGACAUGUUGAGGUUGGAGAAUCUGAAUUAUGCAAGUGAGGCCACUGUCCUUUUUCAGCGACUUUCUGUUAUAGUAACAGAUUUUAUCCUGGUGCUAGCUGUCAACAAGUUCUGUAAUUUUAUGAAAAGUUCAUGGACCGAAUCCAAAUCAUCUGAUAGCAGCGUGUACUCCAACAAAGCCUUGGUUCUGUCGAUUCUCAUUUUGUGUAACUUUGGGCUGUUGAUAGUGGAUCAUAUUCACUUUCAAUACAAUGGCUUCAUGUUUGGAAUCCUUAUAUGGUCAAUGACAUGCAUGUUACAGAAUCAGGUCAUUUGGGCAGCCAUUUGGUUUGCAGUGUUGCUGAACUUCAAACACAUAUACCUUUACAUUGCUCCUGCCUACUUCAUCUAUCUGCUGAGACAUUACUGCUUUAAAUCAAACGAUGGAAGUUUCCAGCGGUCAUCAUUUUCACCAUUUCGUCUCAUUUCUCUGGGUCUUGUUGUCAUUUAUGUGUUUGCAUUAUCUUUUGGACCAUUUCUGUAUUUAAAACAGGUGCCACAGGUUUUGUCUCGGUUAUUUCCCUUCAAGAGAGGGCUGUGCCAUGCCUACUGGGCUCCCAACUUUUGGGCUUUGUAUAACUUUGUUGACAAAGUUUUAACAAUGAUAGGAUCUAGAUUACAUUUUACAACCGGUGCCCCUUCUGCAGUGAUGACAGGGGGAUUGGUUCAAGAAUUCCAUCAUGUUGUGUUGCCAUCUGUUCCCCCUGUUGCUACUCUUAUAGCAACACUUCUUUCUAUUGUGCCAGUCAUGUAUCAUAUGUGGGUUACUUCAAAAGGACCAGAAAGUUUUGUCAGAGCAACUGUCCUGUGUGCUUUUGGAUCAUACUUGUUUGGCUGGCAUGUUCAUGAAAAAGCCAUCCUCCUCAUCAUUUUACCAUUAUGUUUGUUGGUGUUCAACAAAAAAGAAGAUGCCUCCAUUUUUCUGAUCCUCUCUACAACAGGACACUAUUCUCUUUUUCCGUUGCUAUUCACACAAGCUGAAACCAUGACCAAAAUUGUCUUGAUGUUAACGUAUUCUGUGUGUGCAUUUUCUAGUCUUGGAUAUAUUUACAAUUCUUGUUGGAAUUGGAAGUCCCUGCCUCUUCUGAAUUCACUGGAAUCUGUAUAUAUUAUAGGACUUAUUCCAUUGGAACUAUGGAACAGUGCAAUAUUUCCUUUAUUUAACAUUUCCAAAAAAUUUCCAUUUUUACCUUUAAUGUUAAUUUCCGUGUAUUGUUCUGUGGGAGUAAUUUACUCAUGGGUCAAGUUUUACAAGAUAACUUUACUGGACACAAAAAUGAAAUCUCAAUAAAUAUGUUUUGAAAAAAUU